GCUACAGGCUUCCGGCCUUUGGAAAAACGUUUAUUUGAGGUUGUGCAUAUAAAAGUAAGAUCCCGUCAGGUUCGUUAUUGUUACAUCUCACUUUCCAUAUUCUCAGAGACAUCCAUCACACUUGUUAGAAUCAAGUUCAACAACUGCUUAAUCUUCAAUCAUCAUGAGACCCGAAAUCUUACUUCUGCUCUUGGCCAGCACUAGCUAUGUUUCUGGUACUAUUCUUCCCCUCGGCCGCCGCCAACAAUCCUACUCCAAGCCACUUAUAUCGACCGAAAACGGUAUCAUAUUUGGAAUCGAAGUCCUAAUCAACAACCAACCCUUCUAUCUCAUCCCCGACACGGGAAGCAGCGACCUCUGGGUCCCGGUAGCCGAUUUCCAAUGCGUUGAGCCAGUAAGUGGGAACGAGGUCCCACAGAAAAAAUGCUAUUUUGGCGGGACGUACCAUGUGCCGGCCUCAACCGAAUAUGUCGCCAACCAGACGUUUGGUGUUCAGUACGGUACGGGGAUUGCAGUAGGUAAAGUUGGAUUUGCCGAUAUCACAUUAAAUGGUAUCACAAUCGAACACCAACAAAUUGGACUUGUCGACCGCACCAACGACACAGGCGAUGGACUCGGAAGCGGCGUUCUCGGCUUGGGCUUUCCUCCGCUGACAUCGGCACAUCCUGGCACGGAACUCGAUAAUAGCACGCUGCUUAUCAACCGUGCCGUCUACGAUCCAGUCUUCGUCGGCAUGUACAAGAAGGGACUUGUCGAGCCGUGGUACAGCUUUGCUAUCGAGCGGCUGCUCGAAAACGUGACAAGCGGUCCGGGCGGCUGGCUUGGUCUAGGUGAACUACCACCCGUUGCCCACUCCGACGACUGGGCUACUAAGCCGAUUGAGGUUACGAAGGAUCUGCCAGACGAACUGACCGGCGGGGAGCGUGAAAUCACCCUGAUGACCCUAACUAUAGACGGGGUUACCUGGAAUAGUGCGUCGAGCAAUUCAUCCAUUACCAAUUCUACCAAGUUUCAGGCUGUAGUCGACACUGGUAACCACAUGAAUCUGCUUCCCGCCGCCAUCGCUGAGGCUAUUAACGGUGCAUUCAACCCCGUUGGCGUUUUCGAUGAGGAGUCUGGUGUGUAUGUUGUUGACUGCGAUGCCAAAACCCCGGAGCUCGGCAUAAUUCUGGACGGGCAUACAUUCUGGCACCAGCGUCCGGAGGACCUCAUCUAUCAUGAUGCCAGUGGGUUCUGCUACUCCAGCGUUGCCUCGACUGGAGUUGGUGACGGUCUCGCCUUGAACUUUCUAGGGGACGCAUUCCUCAGGAAUGUAGUAUCGGUGUUCGAUUUUGGGAAAGAAGAAAUGCGUUUUGCUGCUAGGAUUAACGACAACUCUACAUCGCCGUUGUCCUCCGUUGGUACAGGUGUUCGUUCCAGCGUUCCAACGUGGUGGUUUGCUAUAUUCGCUUUGGCUAUGGUCCUCUGAAGCUGGUAAUUUUGAGUAUCACGUAUUUAGUUUUGAGGAUAAGUAGCAAGAGGCAACGAAUUGAUGAAGUCU